UACCUAAACAGUUUGCUUGAGAAGGAAGAGAUUUUAAGGUUUACCAUUGGGUGUGAGCUGAACACUUUUCUAGUAAAGACAUUUCAUUGUGUCUAUCUAACAAUCUUACCAGUUUAUCGCAUCUCUUAAUUAUCAUUUUUUAUUCAUCAUCUAAUUAAUUUGAAUUUUUAUUUUGUCUUCUCUUGAAUUAUUAUUACAUCGCAAAUUUUUUUUCCACUCUAUCUCUCACUUCAUUUUUCUUUGAGCUAAAAAAUUGAAAUUUUGUUGAGUUUAUUACUUAAAAUUUGAAGAAAAAAAACAACAAACAAAAUGCGUGAAAUUGUCCAUAUUCAAGCUGGUCAAUGUGGUAAUCAAAUUGGUGCUAAAUUUUGGGAAGUCAUCUCUGAUGAACAUGGAAUUGACCCUACUGGAUCUUAUCAUGGUGACUCUGAUUUACAGUUGGAAAGAAUCUCCGUCUAUUAUAAUGAAGCUUCCGGUGGUAAAUAUGUACCUCGAGCUAUUCUCGUUGAUUUGGAACCUGGUACCAUGGACAGUGUUCGUAGCGGUCCUUUUGGUCAACUCUUUAGACCUGAUAAUUUUGUUUUUGGUCAAUCUGGUGCCGGUAACAAUUGGGCUAAGGGUCAUUAUACUGAGGGUGCUGAAUUAGUCGAUGCAGUACUUGAUGUCGUUCGUAAAGAGGCUGAAUCCUGUGAUUGCUUACAAGGUUUCCAGUUAACCCACUCAUUAGGUGGGGGAACUGGUUCUGGUAUGGGUACUCUGUUGAUCUCUAAAAUUCGGGAAGAAUACCCAGAUCGUAUAAUGAUGACAUUCUCAGUUGUACCCUCACCUAAAGUGAGUGACACUGUUGUAGAGCCAUACAAUGCUACGCUCUCUGUUCACCAGCUGGUUGAAAACACUGAUGAAACUUUUUGUAUUGACAACGAAGCACUCUACGAUAUUUGUUUCCGUACUCUUAAAUUAACUACACCAACUUAUGGAGACUUAAAUCAUCUUGUUUCUGCCACCAUGUCCGGUGUCACUACUUGCUUACGAUUCCCUGGACAAUUAAAUGCUGAUUUACGUAAAUUGGCUGUAAACAUGGUACCAUUCCCUCGACUUCACUUCUUCAUGCCUGGUUUUGCUCCUCUCACUAGUCGAGGAUCACAACAAUACCGAGCUCUAUCUGUUGCUGAGCUUACCCAACAAAUGUUUGAUUCUAAAAACAUGAUGGCUGCUUGUGACCCAAGACACGGUCGAUACUUAACUGUUGCUGCUGUUUUCCGUGGUAGAAUGUCAAUGAAAGAAGUUGACGAACAGAUGCUUAAUGUUCAAAAUAAGAAUUCAUCAUAUUUCGUCGAAUGGAUUCCAAACAAUGUCAAAACUGCAGUCUGUGACAUCCCUCCACGAGGUCUUAAAAUGUCUGCUACAUUCGUCGGUAACUCAACCGCUAUCCAAGAGCUUUUCAAGAGAAUCUCCGAGCAAUUCACUGCUAUGUUUAGAAGAAAAGCUUUCUUGCAUUGGUAUACUGGUGAAGGUAUGGAUGAAAUGGAAUUCACCGAAGCUGAGUCAAACAUGAACGAUUUGGUAUCUGAAUAUCAGCAAUACCAGGAAGCCACCGCUGAAGACGAAGGAGAAUUCGAGGAAGAAGAACAAGUAGAGCAAGCUUAAAACUCUUAUUAUUGAAGACAAAUGAAAGCAAUUUAUUCUAAUUCAACGACAAUACAGACAGUUUUGUCAUCCCGAAUGAGCAUCUUUUCAUUUUGAAAAGUAAUAAAACUAAAAUGUCGCACCAUUUAAA